CCCGAGUUCAAUAAGCGCAACAGUUUCAACACCUCCCGCUGAUACCGAUGCAGGACCAAAACCAACAACAACUAAGUCCACCGCCACUUAUACGCAGUCGACAAUAAUAGGGGCCUUCGGGAAAACAACGAAGUACAAAAGGGACAGUGUCCGUUGGAAAACCUGCACGGAUGCAGUGACAAAAUACUUGGCAAAGGAAAUGGUCUCUUUCCACACGGUGGAAAAAAAGUCCUUUAAGGACAUGGUAAAGGUCCUAGAUGCCCAGUACGAGCUACCAGGACGGAAACAUUUCUCACAAACAGCCGUCCCACAUUUAUAUAUUAAAGUUAGAGACGAGGUUCAAGUACUGCUGUCAGAGGCCGAGAGUUAUUCUUUAACAACUGACAUGUGGUCAUCAGUUAACAUGACUCCAUAUAUGUCCCUGACUGUCCACACCAUUGUACACCUGAGUGGAAACUUGAAUCCAAAUGCCUCCAAACAACGUAUUUUCCUGAGAGUCAUACGGCGGACAACCUUGCUGCAGCGCUCAGAGUUGCACUUCAGGACUGGCAACUUGACGAGAAAAAACUUUCAGCCAUAACCACUGACAACACUGCCAACAUUUCUGCCGCAAUCAGGUCCCUGGAGUGGCCGUGGCUUAACUGCUUCGGUCAUAAUCUAAACCUGGCUGUCACAAAUGCAAUGCAUGACAAUAGGCAAAAAACCGAGCGCGCCCUCGGAGUGUGCCGUUGUAUUGUCGGGGCCUUUUCACACAGCUGGCAACGUAAGAGUGAACUCCACAAGAAGCAAGUGGAGUUGGGACUCCCAGAACAUAGCCUCAUAACGGACUGCGCAACUCGCUGGGGCUCCAAACUGGCAAUGGUGGAGCGCAUCCUGGAGCAGGCCCAGGGGAUCAGACACGUCUUGUCUGACGACAGAAGGAGCAGCCUGUCCCUGACCUGGCAGGACACAGACGUCUUGAAAGCUGUUCACGACGCACUGAAACCAGUCGGUGACUUCACUGAUAUUUUGUCAGGAGAACAUUAUGUGACCAGUUCCUCUAUCCUCCCCAUACUCCAGCUAUGCAGGGACAAUGUGUUGGCUUUGUCAGAAUAUGACCUCCAGCUAACAAAGUCAAUCAAAACUGGAAUUCUAAAAAAGCUAGAGGCCAAAUAUGAAUCCGAUUCAGUGCGCAAAUUAAUGCGAAAAUGCACUUUCCUCGACCCUCGUUACCGUGGAGGAUAUGAGACUGAUGCCAGCGCAUUGGCUGAGACCAAGGCAGAAUUACAGGCUGAGAUCGUGAACUUAGAGAACCAAGCAUCAGCAGGUCCAGUGGUCAUCAUCAGAGUGGAAGAGGGAGAGGCGCAACCUGAAACCCCACGAAAAAGGGUGACUCUGGGAAGUCUUCUGCAAAAACAAGCCGAUGCAGUGGCAGGUCCCAUUGGCAGCGUAGAAGACCGAGUUGGAGCUGAAAUAACAGCCUACUGUUUGGAGCCCGUUAUCCAAGCAGACAAAGACCCACUUCUGUGGUGGAAAUGUGCUGCCCGGCGUUUUCCCCUGAUGUCACGGGUGGCCAGAAAGCACCUGUGCAUCUGUGCCACAAGCUCGCCGUCGGAACGGGUUUUCAGCACCGCGGGAAAAGUUGUAAGUCCCCAACGUUCCCUGUUAAAUCCAGAAAAAGUUAACAUGCUGGUUUUUCUGGCUAAAAAUCUUGACUAA